CUGCAUCACCUUCUGGGUGCUCGUUAAAAAUGUUGAGGAAAGCAUUGGUCAGAGCUGUUCUCCUCUGUGCACUGCUCGAUCUUCAUUCUUGGUGGGUGCAGAGCUGCUCGUCCUCGUGUAUUUGCUUUAAGGAGGUGAACGUUUUCUGUUUCAGCAAGACAAUUACAGAAGUUCCCAAAGACAUUCCCCUCCAUACCAAGGAACUUAUGUUUUUAGAAACAUCCAUUGAUAUCAUUGAAAACAAAACAUUUGGACAUUAUCAGGGUUUGACAAAGCUGGUUUUGUUGAACAAUAAGAUACAUUAUAUACAUGAAAAUGCAUUUAACGGGCUACAUUACCUGAAAGACCUGGAGAUUUCAGCCAAUCCUCUAUCAGAAUUAAAUGUAUUCUUAUUUAAUGGACUAACAGAACUUCAGAAACUCACCAUCACCUAUAAUGCAAUACAUGAGAUUCAAUGUGGACUCUUUCUUUCUAAUAAGAGGUUGGAAAUUCUCUCCUUACAAGGAAACAACAUUUCUCGUAUUUGCAAGGAUGCCUUUCAGAAUCAAGUGCGUUUGUCAGAACUCAAUCUUAGUUCCAAUGAUAUAAGAUCAUUUCCAGUGGGUCUUUUUAAACCACUACAAAAGCUGAAAAUUCUCAAACUGAGUAACAACCAAAUUAACAGGUUAAUGCCUGACAUAUUUGACAACUUGUUAGAACUUAAGGAGCUGUCGUUAAAUGGGAAUCAUUUUACCAAUAUUCCAAGAUACACUUUCCAAUCAUUAAUUUCUUUGGAGAAAUUAAAUCUUAUGGGCAAUUUUAUUAAGAGUCUUUCUCAUGAAGUCUUCUCCACUUUAUCAAGUCUCUCCAUGCUAAAUCUAGAAAGAAACCAGCUCAGGGCUUUACCCCUAGGGAUUUUUGAUGCUAUGAAAAAUUUAACUAUGUUGUCAUUGGGUGGGAACAGGCUCCAAUCUAUUCCAGACAACAUUUUUUCCAGCUUAGUCAAAGUUGAAAAUAUAGUUUUGUCGCACAAUCAAAUUGAGAAGCUGCAAACAAAUGCAUUUCAUGGUUUGGAAUCUGUUGUUCAUCUGCACCUUGACAAUAACAGCAUUGAUUUUAUUGAUAACAACAUAUUUAGCCAAAUGACUACUCUGAGAGUCAUUACGCUCCACCAGAACCAGCUGGCAAGGCUUCCAGAUGGCGUACUUGAUCCACUCUACAACUUGCAUACUUUGACACUCCAUAGUAAUCGUUGGGUAUGUGACUGUUCACUAUCAUAUCUUGUAAAAUGGAUAAAGAACAAUCAAGAUAUCGCCGACGUUUCCGAAACGGAAUGUGCAGAACCACUGCAUAACCAAGGGAAAUCAAUUUCCUUGUUACGUAUACAAGAUUUAGGCUGCCCAAUUAUUUUUGACUUUCCACAAAUCCAAAAAAGUGGACUUCAAGUUCCGAAGAGUAGUCCAGCCAAUCCUUGCACUUAUACUUUAAAAGAUGGAGUCCUACACUUUAGCUGUGAGUUGAUUAUAUGUAGCAAUAUGAAUAUUCAGGUGGAUAUAGUGCAGGAAUCGUAUCAAAGCAACUUCAGUCACAAUACUACUAAUAUCCAGAACAUCUGCACUGUCACUAAACUUAGUUUCCUUGUCACACAAGUCAUGAAGUAAUCACAUAAUCCACAAGCAUUUACAUUUUAAACAGGACACUCAUACAAGGGAGGGGGUGCACAGCAUUUUGUAUCGUAGCAUUUAAUGAAGUAUAAAAAUGAGCAUGCAUGAGUAAAAAUGUCAAAUGUCCAAAGGAAGCAACUUAGUGCAACUUUCCACAAGUUAAUACCGUAAUAUAAUAUCCUAAUUAACCCCUUCAUAAUGUUGAAAGUUCAGUUAGAUGGGGGAAUGACUUAAUUGUUAAUGUGUUAAUCUGAUGGCUUGUAUUAUUUUGAAUUUGUACUGCUGUUGGUAUACUUUAUACUAGUAUACUUUUUUUAGACAUGUAUAAAGUUGUAAAAUGGUCUUGCAACAAUAAAUUGCCUUUAUUCUU